UCCGUCCACACUACGCCGGAGAAAUUUGAAAAAAACACAUGAUUAUCGCAACGUCAUCGAUUUCGGAAAGCUCCGUUUUCAAAAUGUUUUCCGUGCUCACUAAAACGCAUAGCCAGCCUUCUCAAAAUUACUCCGGUUUGAAGAGCGUUUUCGAAAAGCUCCGUUUUCGUGACAGAUUAGUGUGAACGGUAGGCUUAACCGUAGACAUAAACCUGGGUUUUGAAAUUUCUCCGGCGUAGUGUACACGAGGCCUAAGGCGGGCGUAAAUAAUGUAAUGGAAAAUAAUUGAGAUAAAAGAUACAGGAUCUUAAAAUCAAUUGUUCUUUUAGGGCCACGAAGUUCAUACUGCUUUCGAUUUGAGAGCCUUCUGAUACGGUGUACGAGAGCUCAAUGAGGAUGAUCCAUAAAAGGCUAUUUAUGUCUAUUGCAAUUCUGGGCUGUCUUUCAUUAAUUUGCUUAUAUAUUUCAUCUGAUAAACAGAGAGUUAAAGGUUAUUCCUUUCUAGCAUUCAAGGAUACUUCAUCGGGAUCAGAAAGGUCAAAUUUAGCGCAGCUCACUAACGUCAUGGCAUCAAGACAGCAGGAGCGGAAACGCCAAGUGUCAGCCUAUUGCAGAAUGGCAAAAAAAAGUGUAUUGCAGCCAAGGAGCCUGAAUCACUUCAUAGUGGACAACAAACAUAGGAUUGUCUAUUGUUAUAUUCCUAAAGUCGCUUGCACCACAUGGAAAAAAAUCAUGGCGCAUCUAGUUGGACUUAAAAGCAAAUCUGUGCACGAGCAGAGGUUUAACUUGCUAAGCUUUCACUCGAAAGCCAAAGCACGGUCGAUUUUACAAAGCUAUUACAAGUUUCUCUUCGUUCGAGAGCCGUUUGAGAGACUGCUAUCGGCCUACAGAGACAAAUUCACGAGGAAAACCAAUGUCUGGAAAAAAUACGCGAAGAAAGUCAAACGAUCUGUCGGACUAAGACUGGGUGCUAAUGGGAGCACCAUAGCAGACAACAAUGGGGAAAUCACUUUCCAGGAAUUUGUUACGUAUCUGAUCGACGUCAGUAGUAAAGGAGGCCGCCUCAACGAGCACUGGCGCCAUUACGAGUCACUCUGUCAUCCGUGCAACAUAAACUUUGAUUUUAUUGGACAUUACGAGACAUUGGAGGACGAUGCCCCGUUUGUCUUACAUGAAACGGGUGUCGAUCAAUUUGUUUCAUUCCCUCCUGUUCAUUUCACAUCAACGAAGGACGAUUUGCAGCGCUAUUACUCGAAAGUUCCAAGAGAAGAUAUUAUACGACUGCAAGGAAUAUAUAGGCGUGACUUUGAAAUUUUCGGAUACAAAGCUUUGCAAUCUGUUGGAAAUGUUAUUAAUCCUGCUGACGCCAAUAAGACUGAGUCAUAGUUGCCCUUCGUGGCCAUGUUUGCGUGGUACAUUGUUGUUCAGUUGCGUUAGUGGAACCAUAAAGGCCAUUAAAAGUUGAAGUCAAAGGAAAGACUUCACCAUUGAUAAUGUGCGAAUGUUCUUUACUUUGUAUAAUUAAAAGCAAAGUGAAGCCAAAUCACCUCGAUAAUAGGUAAUUAACGCCUAUUUGACGAUAUAAAAGUGUACGCAAGUUAAGUUCUCAUGCAAAGGAUGUUAAAUUGUUUUUCAAUUGAGCCGUUGUUGCAGUUCACAGCUGUUGUUGUGUCGAACAUUUUUUCUUUGUGUUCGAAUAUAAUUUCUUCAUUAAAACCAUCAUUAAAAACAUC